AUGAUCAAAGGUGAAAGCGAUAAGAUGCAACCGCAUUUGAGACAUGUAUUGCAGUGCAUACAUGGCGACCCGUAUGUGAGAAAAGCAAGAGGCCCCAAGGAACGGGUAGAUCUGGAUAAAACGCUCAAAAACUUUGUGUUCCGGUACCUCUACUAUGUGAUUUCAGGACACGGAAAACUUCUGCAUCUGCUGUUCCCCAGUGCACCGCCUGACAAAUUCCCAAAAAGCUUGGAGGAGGCGAUGAAUAUGGGUUUGGCACAGCAAAAAAUCAACGACCCAUUUUACGCAGUUGACGAAACAGCUUCAACGCUUCGGCACCGUCAUGCUGGACGUAACUGUGGUCGUAAAUUUCAGCCAGGAGAGCCCAUCUACCGUUGUAAAGAGUGUAGUUUUGACGACACUUGCGUACUCUGCAUCCACUGUUUUAAUCCCAAAGACCACCAAGGCCACCAUGUACAUACCAGCAUAUGCUCAACCCUUAACUCAGGGAUCUGCGACUGUGGGGACUCGGAAGCAUGGAACACGACGCUACAUUGUCGAGCGGAACACUCUGAUAACGAUGCCGAGGAAAUGGAUGAUUAUGACCGCAACGAGGGCUUUGAAUCGCUAGAGAUGCAACAGCUGUUCGAAAACGCCUUGGGGGAUAUCCUUGAUCAUUUUUUGGACGUUUUCAAUCAAAAUGUUGAACCUCUACCGACAGUGCAGAAGGAGCUUACUGUCACUCUUCGGGAAAUGGAACAGCAUGGUAAAUUCAGGGCUAAAACAGAGCUUUUGCGAGAUUUGAAAUACAAGAAUGAAUAUACUAGGAUGCGUGACCUCGAAGUUCAUAUACUUUACGGUAUUGACUCGGACGAAGAUGAAUACGAUCCUUAUGAUGGUGAUUACGCGGUAAUGGUGUACAACGAUGAAUACCAUAACUACUCGCAAGCAAUCGCGGCCUUGAAGCAAGGAGCGCCGGAUGACAAGCAUACCGAUAAAUUGACUGCAUGUAUCGAUGGCGAAGGCCGAGCAAUGUUGAAAUGUUCAGAUGACAUGAAAUCUAUCAUGGCCGGUUUUUUCGCCAUUCGUACUAACGGUUUGAGUGCCACGCUUACUGCCUGGAGUGAAUACAUUCAGCAAGAAGCUUGUAAAUACAUGAUUGCAUGGCUUGGUCACUGCCUAACUGUUCCCAACCCUGAGUUCCAGCGGACUUUAAGAGAGGCAUUAGGUGUUGUACUUUGUUCAGAAUCUGCUAGCCUCAAUGAAAGGCCAGAUGUCAGCUUGAUAAUAGACAAAAACUUUCCCCCUAAAGUAGAUGCUGAUACCACCUUUAGGUACGCGGACCUGUCGAUACUGGGCCGGAAUAACUCGAUUCCUUUAGGUCACCACAAGGAACUUUCUCCAGAAGAGACGAAUUACAUUUCUCUGACCCUUAAUGGAACGACGACACCAAUCAAUAAAAAAUACACGAACUCUAGAUUGCAGCACUUAUUAUUUUUCGACAACAGAUAUUGGAAAAAGCUUCGCAAGGACAUACAGGACGUCAUUAUUCCUACCAUGUCUUCAAGUGUGACAUUCAAACCCAUAUUUUGCUCGCAAUUAGUGGAGAUAUUCAACCACAUGACGAGAUCCCUUGCUUUCAUGGACCGAGAACCCCAACUUAGCGCAUUAAGAGAGUGUGUGGUGCAACUGUUCACCUGUCCUACCAACGCGAAGACUACUCUCGAGAACGGUAGUUUCUGUGACAUAAUGUGGUCUGUCAUUGACAUAUUCACCGAAUUCGCGAAGAAGGACGCGGGACUUUUAGUCUGGCAAAAGGUACAAAAAACUAACCCCACCAAGAGCUAUAGGUUUUCCUUCAAACAGGGCUUUUACGCGAUAGAAACAAUUUUGAGCAAGAUCGACGACCCCAACCUUCUCUUGCGGCCUACAGUGUUCAUUGCGCUUGUCACCUUGUGCAAACUGUUCAACGGUGCUUGGAAAGUCAAACGAAAGGAGGGAGAACACGUUCUUAGAGAAGAUCAAAACUUCAUCCCCUACGUGGAAUAUACGACCUCUGUCUUCAGCAUGGUUCAAACUUUGGAUAAAACUUUGGAUAUCAAGAGACAUGAAAUCGACCCCGAUUUACUUCUGCACGACAUCAAGCUCCUAAGCACGUUUUUAGGGCAUAGAUCUUUUCAUUACAAAGCGGUUCAUGGAAGUCACGAAAUCAUUAAAUUCAAAGUGAGUAAGCAACGUGUGGCUUUCAUGAACCCAGUUCACACUUUACUCUCAUUUUUAAUGGAGAAAAUACCGCUGGAAAAAUCUUUUGAGGCAGUUUCGGACUGCAACGACUUCCUUGCCAUAUCAGAUAUAUCCUUGAGGUCAAUUGUACUGUGCUCUCAAAUAGACGUUGGAUUUUGGGUCCGUAACGGUGUUUCUGUCCUUCGUCAAUCCUCGUAUUAUAAGCGGACCCCUGAUAUGGCAUCCUACAUGCGCGAUGUUCACCUGUGCCAACUCACCUUUUUGGAAGAAAAGGAUGAUCUUGUGAGACUGGUGUAUAAUGUCUUAGAAAGAUGGGAGUUGUUGGGCUGGCUGGAUGGAGAAGAGGAGUUCAUGCACACGGUCUAUGAAGACAAAAUAUUUUUCAUCGUUCAACAGUUUGUGGCAUUUGUCUAUCAAGUUCUCACAGAGAGACAGUUUUUCAGACAAUUCAAAAGUGUCGAAGAAAAAGAACGUUAUCAGCUCAAAAGUGCGAUAAUCUAUGGUUUGUUUAUGGAACCUUUGUCAUAUUCUGACUUAUUUGCUGGAAUGCCUGAGUACUUAACGGAGAACUCGAAUAUAUUCGAUAAAGCCUUGGAGGAAGUCUCGAUCUAUGUUGAACCCAAAGGACUAGAGGACAACGGGGUCUUCAAGCUAAAACCAGAACUGUACAAGAAAGUUGAUGCAAUGCAACUGCCUAACAUGGGGAAUGACUUUGGCCACAGCUCGAAUGUAAUCGCAUCUCACCUGGCUGGGCCAGGCGGCGAUACAAAGAGAGUCGUUUUAGAGCCUCAAUUGAUUCAUCCAAAGUUUCUUGACGAAACUGCCAAGAAUUUAGGCGCUUUCACUCGCACUAGGGUUUUUGCCAAAGUAGUAUUCAACCUCCUUCAAAUGUGUCUCGAUUUAGACGAGGGGACGUAUCUUUAUGAGCUGCUUCAUUUGAUUCACGGAAUUUUUAAGGAUUACGAACUUCUCUAUGGAAAGAGCUCUAUUCCAGAAGCUUAUCUGUCCAAACCUGUUUGCAAUCUGUUUUUGACAAUCGUGGAUUGCAAGUCGAGCGUCUUCACAGAAAGCGUGAUAUCCAAGGCAGAUCACCUACUCGAAAUCAUGAUGUUGAAGAACCCCGAAGCAGUUCUUGACUCCCUGGUUUCCUGCUUUGGCGAAGGGCCUGUUGAAAAAUACAAAGCCAGGAAACUUAACCAAGGUGUGAGUUUUGGGGAGAGUGAAAAGGAUCGGAAAAAAAGACUUGCAAAAGUCCGUCAGCAAAAAAUCUUAUCCAAGUUUUCCAAGCAGCACACCAAGUUUAUAAAAGAUAACGAUGUCACUUUCAGCGGUAACGGAGAAGAUGUCGAUAUGACCGACCAAAUACGGGACUCAUGCGAAGAGCACACUUGUGCUUUAUGUCAGGACGUAUCACCGACUGACUCUUUCGUCAUACCAAUUUAUCAUGAAAACUCGCCAGCUUUCAGAGGCGGAAAUAUUCAUGAUAUGAAUGAACUUGAAAAUUCAUGGGGAGCUUUCAGGAACAAUGAUGAGGAGCCCACGGUUUAUGAUGAAAAGACAUUGGAUUGCUACAAAGAAGACGGUUUAAGAGGCUCGAGGAAAGUAUUUGUGUCUUGUAACCAUCACAUCCAUUACAACUGCUUCAAACGCUAUGCGCAGAAGAAGCGGUUCUCAACCAAUUCUUUUAUUUGCCCGUUAUGCCAAACUUACUCAAAUUGUGUGAUACCUGUGCUAGGGAAAUUGCACAAUAGUGAUAGCGUUACUGUUAAGAGUCUGCUAAGAUCCAAUUUUUCCAAGCCGGCAAUAAGCUCUCUGCACGGAACUGAUCCUACCGAGGACUAUAGCAGUGUGUUUAACAUGUUUGUUGAAAUCAACAAAAAAAACAUGUAUUAUGAUCGCCAUUGGGCUGCUAAUCCAAAAUUUGAGCGUUCUGACGUGGCACACGUAAUGAUCGUCCAUUGGGCGAAUACAAUUUCGAUGCUAGAAAUCUCCACUAGGAUGCAUCCGGCCCCUAACAGUACUUUGCUGCAAGGAAAAGAGCAAAAGUUCAGGACUUUGUACAACGUACUUUCAUCUAUUACAUGGCUAUGCAGUGCUUUGGGACCCCCUUCGAUGGAUCAUGUUCCUUACGUCAAUAGUGAAGGCAUAGUAUGGAAUCAAAACCAGCUUUUCCAGUACAUUGUGCGACAUGCACUACUGAGCCCCGUGCCCAUCUCUCAAACAAUAAGCAAGGCACUUUCCCUGUUCUCCAGGCAACUCAUAGCUGAUUUCGUGAAGGGCCAAUCUCCUUCCACGAUUGCUAAAAUGCAUGACCGAGGCAGAAGUGAAGAAUCUUUAUGCAGAUGCGCUGAUGAAACGUUGCAUUGCCUGCGCACCAUAUGCGAUAUUGGAAUAUCAGAUGGAGCUUCGCGGCAGAAGCUGUACGAUUUGGCUUACACUUCACUACUGAAAAAUCUACUACCGACGCUAAGAAGAUGCUUAAUCUUACUGAAAGUAUUGAACGAUGCCUUGAGCGCCACUGACGACUCUCAUUUGGUAAUCGAAGACUUAGAUCUAGAGUCUUCUAUGGAAGGUUUCGAGAGCACUGAAGUGUAUGUUAGGGCUCUUAUCAGUAAGCUCACCGUCUGUGAUAGCCUAGAGGCACUUUUACAGCACCCCUGCGGCACUAAUUUGGAUGAUCCGUACUUGAUGAAGAUUCCCUACGAGUUUACCGGAGUUGUCAAAUUGGUAAACCUUGCACCCCAACUCAAUACCUAUGUCACGAACUCGCAAGUUGUCAAACUACGUGACGAGCAUCCUGUGCACAUGAAGAAUGCUGGGAACCGGUUAGACUUUAAGAUUUGUUUGGCUUGUGGGGUUAAGGUUCACGCAAGAAAAGAUCAUACAGAGCUAAUCAAGCAUUUGGCCAAUCGCUGCUUCAAGCCAUUUGGUCUAUUCUUGCUACCAAAUCUUAGCGAAGUGUGUCUGAUAGUCACCAACCCAAGAUGUUCUAUCUCCAUUUCCGCGCCUUAUCUAAACUCCCACGGUGAAGCGGGGCGCAACGCCAUCCAGCGGGGCGAUUUGACUCUACUCAAUCUUCGCAGAUAUGAGCACCUCUCCAGUGUGUGGUUGAACAAUGAAAUCCCGGGUUUGGUGAGCAGAGUGAUGGGUGACGAAUUCCGGGUCUUGAUCAUUUCUAAUGGGGUGGUGCUCAACUUCAACAGAAACGUGCUUCGACCCCGUCGCGCUAAUACCGAUGAACUUGGCGACGGCAGCAGCAGCAGCGAGGCUGAGGAUGAGGACACUGAGGGCGUGGGAGCUCGCUGGGAAAUCCGACCAGAAGAAUUCUUUGAAGAAGCUGGCAUAAGACUAGAGGGAGCUGGGCCAACUCCUGGCGGUGAUAUACGUGAGUUCUUCCAGCUCAUCAACAAUUUGAGGACAGACGCUGGGGCAUUUGACGAUGCUCUUCCGGCAGAAGACAAUGAAACAGGAAUGGGCAACGUUUUCGUCCCGCGUUUCGAUUUCAUUCCGAAUUUUAGAAACAUCAACGGGGCUCCCGAUGAAGCUCCCGAUGAAGCUCAAGAGAACGAAGAUGAGGAGAAUGAAGACGAGGAGUAG